CCAGCGUGGAGGAGGAGGUGGAAGUGUUUGGAGUUGAAACAAGAACGCGGAGAGCAGAAAUCUUCUGUCCACCUCGCAACUUUUUUCUGGGCCACCAAAACUCGCUCCGGCCCGAAAAAUUAUAAUGAAAUAUACACCCAGGUUUGCUCAGAAGACGUAGGAGUUGACGUUAAAGUGACUUUUUAAAGCUGGAGCCGCUUCCUUGUUCGACAACGGGGCGAAAUAUCUCAACAUCUUCACAAAGAAACUUUUGCUUGCUAGGCAGCUAACUCGCACUCAAGCCAGAAAAAAAAGUAUGAUCACCGCCGAAGACUUGAUCACAAGCCAUAAAUAACGACUCAUCUGUCGAGCUAAGUGUUGCUGGUAGUUGUAUAAACUUGGAAAUGGUGUCUGUAUGACUCAAGACUGAGUUUUGUAACGGUUUUUGAGUAGUCAUCAUCACCAGGAGGAGGAAGAGUUGCAGCUGGUAGCCAGCACACCACCAGUGUUUCCACCAGAGCGCCCCCAGAUCUCCAUCAGGCAGGACAUACAUUGCUCAUUUCAGCUAGUUGAGAGCCAGGCUGUCCCAGAUUUGUCACUGGAAAGAUGUCAGGCCGAAGUGGAGCUGGACAGACACGGGGAGCUGCGGUGGGUCCACAGCCCCUCAAGGCGACCAUUCCCUACCAGCUGGCCAGCAAACCUCGACCCAGCCGGAGAGAUGGAAAGUCAGCUGGGAAAGCCAAACCGCAGCAGCUGAGCCCCGGCAUGAGGCGGACGAUGUCUCUUGAUGCCAUCAUCGGUCCGUACCUGCAGGGACACUGGCCCAAAGAACCAGAGGGUCAGGGCAGCCUGUCUCGCAAGGACAAAUCCACUCAGACCCCAGACUCAUGGACAGACAAAACGCAGAGCAGGAGAGGCAGCAGCAGCAGCAACAGCAGCAACAGCAGCAGCAGCAGCAGUAGUCACAAACGGUCGGCAUCAUGGGGCAGCGCUGAACAUCUCCGGGAGAUUGCUAAACUAAAACAACAGCUGCAGCAGCGCAGCAAACCUGCAGUCUCAGGGGGACAUGACAAAGACCGCCAGUGUGGGUAUCCUCAGGGGAGCUGUAGCCUGGGAACUACUCAGACUCAGCCAAUUCCCAUCCCUCUCGCUCCCCUGUCUACACUGGUCCCUCGGCUGCGCUGCAGCGUGGAGGGCCUCAACCAAGAGCUGGAAGGCAUGUUCAUCUGCCAGCCAACACAUCAGCAGCACAGGCUCCUUGAGGUUCCAGACGGACACCGGGCUCCAGUCCCUUCGCAGAGCCGCAGCAGCGGAUCUCAGAGUGACCCCGCCGCCACCACACCUCUCUCCUCAUCUCCCACCUCCUCCUCACCCUGCUCCUCUCCCACCUAUAUCUCCAGCUCCCUGCCCAAUUGUGAAGACGCACUUCUGGACUCGCACCAAGGGUUGAUAGACGGCGCAGAGAUGUGCCUCCUGUCUCCGUUCUCCUCCCAGAGCGAGGCUGACCUCUCCCUGCCUCUGCUGAUCUCCUCCUCACCGGGGCCCAACAAAAGCUGCUGCUUCCAGAGAGAGCCUCCAGAAGGCUGCGAAAAGAUCCGAGUCUGGGAGGAGACCAGCGCUCCACGCGAGCAGAAACCAGCCCUCAUCUCCUCCUGCCCAGACCCCAACAAGGUCAACUUUACCCCCCAUGGGGGCUCGGCCUUCUGCCCCGUCAGCCUCCUCAAGCCGCUGCUCCCCUCCAUGGACCUGUUGUUCCGCAGCCUUGCGGUCUCCCCAGCAGGCAGUUGCUCAAACCAGGGAACAAGCUCCUGCCAGGCAACCUCCUCUGGCAACCGGGCCGCUCCUCCAGAUCCCCCCGCACCCGCCGCCGUCAUGGGAGAAAGCUCUGGAGAGGGCCUCGCUUUCUGAUCACAGCGGAGGAUCUCCUCUGCGGAAAACGACAAAGCGUAAUGCAAAUAUUUCAGAUUUGUUGCUGUUGCUUUGUUUUAGGAAAGGACCAUUCCUUUUUCUAAACAAGUAUAAAAUGUUAAAAAAAAAACAAAGAUAAUAUUGAAAAAAAUAAUAUCAUACGCAAUCCAAAGGAUAUGCUUUAUAAGCUACUUGUUUUAGGUGUCCAUGCAUUUCUAAAUUAAGACCUUUUUUAUGUUCUGUCAUUUCAUAAUCCAAAGAUAUAUUUUUGGCCAAACACGAGCGUGUGAGAGAUGAGACGACUUCUCACUAACUCUACUCUUAACUCACUUGCUGCACAGAUUUUUUUUUUUUUUUCCCCCCCCAAAGAAGCAAACACACACACACACACACACACACACACAUGUACGUUGUUGAUACUGAUUUUUAAUCUCUGACUGCAGUGUGUCAUCUCUGUCCAAAAUGUUACAAAUAGAAGAAGCAGCAGAAGAAGAAGCAAAACCCUUCUUGGAUAAAUUUGGUUGUUUUUAAGUAUUCAAAGAUAUUUUUUCUGCAUUUCACCUCAAUAUUUUUUUUAUUUUUACCUAACUUGACCUUGCACCGUUGGUGGUGUACAAAGCACGACAAAUCAGUUGGGUUUUAUUUACCUGAUGAAAACAUUUCACAAUGAAAUCACAUUUUGAUUAUUGUAGACUGAAGGGAAUUAUUCCAGCUGUUGGACUCUGGUAGCAUCAGUACCUAAAAGACUUCAGCUCCUGCAUUCCUGCUUUAAAAGUUGUACAGUAUGUUAUUUUUGUUGUCAUUUGUUUACUUGCAAAAAAAAAGUAACGUGCACGCGUUGAUGGAUAAAACCUGUUUAUUCCUUGAUGUUCUAGAUGUGUGCUUUAUGGUAUGUUUAUAGUUUUGAGGUUUCACAGCCUAGUAGACUACCUAACCAGUUUUAGUGGUGUAGUAUUGUGAUCCUUCAUGUUUAGCAUUUCUCUGGAGAUGUUGUUUUUUGUUUUUUUUUUUCUCUGCCAAGCUGACAAGUUCACGUUCAAAUAGUUUUUAUUUCUGGUAGAUAUGUUUGCACAAAUUGAACUGCUACUUUUGAGUCGCAAUUCUUAUUUUUAUAUUCACUUUUGUACUUUUGGUAAAUGUAAGAGUAGUAAUGUGUAUUUUCUACAUCGUUUUCAGUUACCUGCAACAUAAGCUAAAAAAAAAAAAAAACCCUGUUACUUUUAGUUUUGUUCUGUCAGUAUAAUCGAGGCAGGUGUUAUACAUGAGAUAUUGUAUCGGGUGGAUUUUUAUGCACUUCCAGGAGAGGGGUUUUUAUGUGGAGGAAAAGACGUUUUCUUCCAUACGUUAGUCCUGGGUUUAUUGUGUCUGACAGGAUAUUUUGUUUUUGUGUGUGCACGUGGAUGGAAGGUUCAUUAGUCUGAUCGUUUGAUUAACUUCUCCUAGUUUUAGUAUCCUGGUGAAAUGCUGAUGGAUUCAAACAUUGUCUUUUUUUCCCAAAUAAGCCUAAAUUUCAAUGUUUUAUACAUCAGUGUGAAUGCUGGGGACAUACUGUUAUCUCAGGUUCUGUGUUCUGUCCACAUAAAUAUAUGAUUGAUAA